UGCGCAGGAGUUUGGAAAAUGUAUAUUAUUUCUCAUUUUUGUGUUCUGUCGAAUCAGCUGCAGAGCCUGUAUCCGAUGUAGGCCAUUACUGACACUUAGAUACAAGGUCACCCAGGGGCGUCUGUUUAGAGCCUAACUGACCUUCGAAUUCGUGGCCUGUGUUUAUUGCUGGUACCAGCUGGUAUUGGUAAAUGGUAUUGGUAAAUGCUCCUAACAGGUUCCUUGACGAUUCAUAUCCUACGAUAAUUGCCUUUUAAGCAGAGAUAGCAACAAAAAACACUCAACUUCCAUUCCCACCGGCAGUUUUUCAACUGCUUUGAGGGAUGACAUCACUUUCGCCGCCAAUCUUAUGGAUGCAAUAACUCAAGUGUUUAAGUACGAUGUGUAAAGGAAACUUCAUUGCUAAUGCUGCAGUAUUCUGGAUUGUAUUCACAAUCGUCUUAUUUUACCACCGAACAGAUGGACAGCACUAUUUUUUCGAAGAAAUCCACCAACUGAAAAGCAAUUUUGACCCUGAUCGGAAGGAAACCGACAAAGACUUCACGGAUAUUUUGGAACCUGUGAUCGCGUUCGAGAAUGCAACUCUACUGCAAGAUGACCAUCCAGGAGAAAAAGAAUCCCUGCCAGAAAAGAUCACGUUUCCCGAGUUCUACCAUGCCCAGGGAAUCAUUUCCCUGCCUUAUGACGGGAUCAUUGAGCCGUUCGAAGCAUGGUACGGUGGCCGACAUAAAAUGAGUCGCAUCGACUAUUACUACGGGAUGGACAAGACAUUUCAGAGAGGAGACCUUAUGCCGUAUGGGGCCUUGAUUAAGUUGGUGCCAGCUCACUGGAAGAAAGGAGAUGAUCUCGACAAAAACACACAGAGCUGCUGGUACAGGCCCGGAUUUCGUUGGUCUCCAGAGAGGGGUCAAAGUGUCAUGCCUAAAAACUUGAAAAAAUUCAAGUACAUAGGCCAGGAAAUCCACAGUGGGAUGCCUGUGUAUAAGCUACAACGUACUGCCACCGUAUACAAGAAAAACAACACCUACACAUUGUAUGUGACAAAAGCCAAACCUUACAAGCCUGUACGUUAUGUCAUGCACGGAUAUGACACUCUUUUGCACUCAUUUUACGAUCAUUACGUGGUGGAUUACCUCUCCUUUCAUGAAUGGGACUUUGACUUUGAUGUCAUGAAAAUCCCAAAAGGAGCCUCCUGCAAAAAGAAGAUUCAAAAGAUGAAAUCAAGAUACCACUUUAACCCCAUGGCAGAAUUUAUGCAUGAAAACUUUGAAGACGGGGAAGUGGAGCAAAUGUUUGAGGAAUUUAAGAGAACACACAGCAAAUCUUACGACGAUCCUACAGAACACGAACAGAGAAAACACAUCUUUCGACAUAACAUGAGGUUUAUAAGCUCAAAGAACAGAGCCGCGUUGAACUUCACGUUGGCGCCAAAUGAACUAAGCGACGUCACAGACGACGAGUUUGAAAUGUACAAAGGUCUGUUAAUUGAUCCCGGCGGGGGUGGUGACGAGGGACUCAAGAAACAGGAAAUACCAGAGGCAAGAUUUAAUACUCCUAAUACACCGCUUCCCAAGUGUCUCGACUGGCGUGAAUAUGGUGCAGUGACCCCUGCCAAGGCUCAAGGCCUAUGUGGUUCAUGUUGGACCUUUUCCUCCACUGGACCAAUAGAGGGAGCUUAUGCAAUCCAGACCGGGAAACUCCUAGAUGUGUCAGAACAGCAACUCAUGGACUGCAGCUGGGGAUUUGGUAACAGUGGUUGUCGAGGAGGUUACUCAUGGAAAGCUCUUGUCUGGGCCAAGAAACACGGGGUAGCCUCCAGCAGCAGCUAUGGCAGGUAUCUUGCUCAGGAAGGAUUCUGCCACUGUGCCAAAGAGGACGGUUGUGAUGUGGUGAAAUUCAAGCGAGUGGUGACUGUGAAGAAAAAAAACGCAGAGGCGUUGAAACAAGGCCUGGCCAAGUUUGGUCCGGCGUCCAUAGCUAUCAGCGCCAGUCGAAAAACUCUGAAGUUUUACAACUCUGGCAUUUAUGAUGAUGAGGAUUGUAGCACUCAAACAAACCAUGGUGUUGUAGCAGUUGGAUACGGAGAAGAAAAUGGUACCCCUUACUGGAUAGUAAAGAAUUCGUGGGGAAAAUUUUGGGGUGAAGAAGGAUUUGUAAAGAUUGCUAUGAAAGAUAACUUAUGCGGAGUCCUAACUAACGAGCCUAUUUUUGUAACCAUGAACGAAACUCUUGAUGACGCGUGUGAAUCUUAUCCAUUCAUGAGGAUGAAAAAACAGAAUUUUGUAGAUGUGGAAAGAAGACUGAAUGUGACAGCUUUAAAACUUUCGCCAUUUGAUUACAAGAGGUCAAGAACGCGAUUUAAAGAACUUGCCGAGGAGCCAGAUAAAAUAACAUUUUCUUAAAUUGACGAUUAGUCUUUUUAAAACCGGCUACAGCCGAUUUAGUUCAUUUUUCAAUUCAAUAUGCUACGCAGUUACAGUUUGGGGGAAUUCGGAGAAUACUAGGUAUUCCUUAACCCUUUAACUCUCACGAGUGACCAAGACAGAUCUUCUCCUUACAUUACCAAUACAAUAUCAAGCAGACAAGUGAUGAGAAUUAAUAGAAAUAUAGAUUAGGGGAUUAGAAGUUGAUCCAAUACCAAAUUCUCCAAAGUAACAUCAUAAGAAUUGUAUGGCAGACAGUAAGGAGAAUUACAAAUGAGAUCUUGGGGAGUGAAAGGGUGAACAGUUGGUUUUAGAAAUUGAGCGGUUCUUGCGCCUAUUUAUCGAGCCCGGCCUAAAUUUGAAAAUUGAACUCUAAGGAAUAACAGGGCAGGUCCCAGUUCAAAAACCUUUCAAUUUGUUUCGUUUCCUGAUACUUUUACUGUUGGAAUUUCGAAACUAUUAAAAUCUCGAUCUUGUAUGUAAACGCAGCAAACAAGUAAAAAACUUAACGGAACCGGUAACUACCGGUUUUUUCGAGAAACGGGCUCCUGGUUUAACCUCGAAGGUCAGAUGUGUUUAAUCUGACAUUCCAUCUGAAGAUCGAAAAAAGAAGGGCACGCUAAUACGGAAUAUCACAAGUUGUGCACGUACAUUACAAAUCAAUCUUGAGAUGUCUAUAUA